AGAUCGGAAGGGAUUUAAAUUGCCCAAUAAAGUUUCAAAAUAAAUAAAUUUAAGUCCUUUCUACUCUGUUUUAACCCCUUUGAAACGUUUUAGUUUCUUCCUUCAAAAUAGAUUCUAAAAUGCCCUCGUCUCGUAGGUCUAAUUCAGGGCGGCGUGACUUCCCACCUGCUGUGCAGCAAAGCGAAGCAAAGCUGGAUCCUGAACCCUCCGCACCGCACACGGGCAAGAUUAACGGCUCAAUUCAUCCAAUUAAAGCGACCUAUUUCUCAAACUCGGUUAACAGUUCGUAUUUAGGUGACAUAAAACUCGUGAAUGCGACUCUGUCUGAGAUCUCUGGAUACGAAGGUACAUGGAGGUUCGGACGGAACGAGAGGGGCCUUCCCUUUUGGAUCUCGGUGAUCGUGAUGGAGGUUCUUCUGUUUGUCUGGCUUCGCUGGACGGCGGAGGUGUACACCGAGAUUCGUCCGAAACUCGGGAAAUUCUUUAAGUAAAUUCAUUUAUAAGGAUGAGAAGAGGAGGAAGUAAUUAAAUAUACGCACACACUAGUAUAAUAUAUAUCAUGUGGGCAUUUAUGUAUGUACAGGGCAACUCACAUUUUAAAAUACACUGUUUAUUUUAUACUUUCAUACGUGCCAUGUAUUAACUAGUUGUCUUCGUAGUUUUCACUCCGUAAAUUUUUUUUUUGCUGAUGAAAAUUUAGAACUAAGUAGCAUAUAUCCGUCUUGGAUAGCAUUUCA